UAAAAAUUAGUAUUGUUGCACUUCCCCAAAUUAAUGACCAUGAGUUCCUACUUGAUCAACUCCAACUACAUCGAGCCGUCCUUCCCUCCGUGCGACGAGUACCAGCAGGGCGGGUACGCCGUCCCCAACCCGGGGGACUACUACGAGCGGCCGAAAGACGCGGGCUUCCCCCACCACGACGAGGCGUCCUACCCGCGCUCCAACUACGCGGAACCGGGCUACGACUACGCCAACGUCCCCGCCGCCGCCGCCGCCGGCCUGGAUGACUUCGGCGAGCACGGAGCCUCCGCCGCGCAGCCGCAGCAGAGCCUGCACGUACCGCGCCUGGGAUCCACCCCGGACGCCGCCAAGGACUGCAGCCUGGCCGGCGAGGUGUACCCCGGCGUGGCGAAGGGCAAGGAGCCGGUGGUCUACCCCUGGAUGAAGAAGGUCCACGUCAACUCCGUCAAUGCCAGCUACACCGGGGGAGUGCCCAAGAGGUCCCGCACUGCCUACACCCGCCAGCAGGCUCUGGAGCUGGAGAAGGAGUUCCACUUCAACCGCUACCUGACGCGGCGCCGACGCGUGGAGAUCGCCCACACCAUGUGCCUGUCCGAGCGCCAGGUGAAGAUCUGGUUCCAGAACCGCCGGAUGAAGUGGAAGAAGGAGCACAAGCUCCCCAACACCAAGAUCCGCUCCAGCUCGGCCUCCGCAUCCACGCAGCAGCAGCAGCAGCAGAUGAAAGCGGGCCAGCAGCUGGUGCCCACGCCGUGCUCCGUGGGUCUAUAGUGCACCUUUUACCCACCCCACACUCAACCCAGACUGAGAUGGCAAAGAACACAGGCGGAUUUCAAACGGACCGAGUCAAUAUUUUGCUGUUAUCUGCCGCCCACAAUUCCACUCCCCGCUCGUCUCGCCUUCAGCUUGUUGUUAUUAUUAUAAUAUUAUUAUUAUUAUUAUUACCAAUGAAGGAUUACGCACAUGGAUCAAAAAAAGGUAGCAUUAGAAAUAUUUUGUCCUAUUUUCCCCCCCCCCCACGGAGGAUUAUAAUAUACUUGAAAGUUAUGAUUUUUAUUUUUUUUUGUAUAGUAGUCAGUCACAUAGCGUGUGUGUGUGUGUGUGUGUGCGUGUGCGUGUGUGUGUGUUGAAUGUUUCGUGCAGGUGACACGGCCCCCACACCGUAAUGUACACAAAGACACGUGAUCCACGAAGGCACAAUAAGGAAGAAAAAGCAUUUACACUCAUGUAGUUGUUUGUCGUGCACGUCUUUUCUCCACUGUGGACUCGUGCUCGUGCGUCCUUCCUUCCUUCUUCUUGUCGUCUUUUUCCCCCCCCCACACCCAAAAAACUGUGAACGCUCCGUGUGUGUUCGUGUCGUCUCCUAUAGUGACGUGUCGUGUAGACUGAAUA